AAAGUCGAUAACGAGAGACUGCGCACACCACAACAGACGCGUCACAACCUCGCACAGUAUACACCAACAGAUCAUUCAAUCAGACGGCAGCUUUGCGAAUCGCGAGUCUACAAUAUAGCCUCCGACAGCACGAUACGAGAGCUUCACAAGCGCCUAGGGCUUAUCGCGAAUAGCAGCAACAACAGAUCAGAAAAAUGGAGAAAAUCGCAACAUCACCCCAACCUCUCAUUCCCCGACCACCUCAAAAAUGGUACGAACACUUCAAUUUGGACCUCAUCAUCAAAGUCCUGAACCAAACAUUUCUCCACCCGUUCGUCGCAUGGAUCAUUGUCCUCUGUCUCCGUGCUCAGGUUACUCCUACGGAUCACCCGGCAUGGAUAGGCGCGGUCGGCUAUGCGAUCUUCCUCACGUUACUGACAGUUGCCGGCAUGCUCAAUCGUCGUUUGGCGUAUGGUCUGCCUCGGGACGUGGAGCCGAGUCAUGAGGUUAUUGUGAUUACUGGUGGGGGAAGUGGGCUGGGGCAGCUUAUUGCUCAGAUUUAUGGGAUGAGAGGCGCUAGUGUUGCGGUGCUGGAUAUUAAGGAAGUGAGUGAGGUGGAAGGGUGGGAUGAGCUGUCGGGCGUUGAAUAUUAUCAAUGCGACGUGGGGAAUAGGAAGGCUCUGGAGAUGACUGCUAAGAAGAUUGAGGAUGAUCUUGGAAAACCAACAGUGCUCAUCAAUUGCGCCGCAGCAGCUGUACAUGGUUUACCGUUACUAUCACUGACUCCUGAAUCCAUGAAGAAAACAAUCCAAACAAAUUUAAUGGCGCCGUUCCAUUUGAUACAAAUCUUCCUACCGGCAAUGUUAGAAACCAACUUGGGCGGCGUCAUAGUGAACGUGAGCUCUGUGCUAGGCCAUCUCACAGCUGCUGGUCUAUCAGACUACUCUGUCAGUAAAGCUGGUCUGAGCGCACUGCAUAGAUCCCUCGAGGUUGAGCUGAGAGCGUCCGGCCACGAUGAUAAGAUCAAGACACUGUUGGUGGAAACGGGACAACUCUCGACACCUCUAUUUAAUGGAAUAGAGACACCGAGCCGAUUCUUUGCACCUGUCCUCGAGCCUAUUCAAGUCGCAUACGAUAUCGUAUCGGCCAUUGAUAAUGGCCAAAGUGGUGUCAUCAGAUUACCUGCAUUCGCCAAGUUGGUGAAUUGGUAUGCUGUACUGCCUGCUUCCAUCCAAAGGCUCGCCCGCUACCUGAGCGGAAUCGACACUGCCGUUGCAAAAGCGUAUAACCGGAAUGUUUUCCGACCAGAAAGUGUGCCAGAGGAUGGAUCUGAGAGUGAUGUAUGAGUGGUGAACGACAUACGACGAUGACGCCCCUCAAUCUGUGAAAGACAAUCGCGUGACGGGCCGGCAAUAUAGACAUCGGGUUUAUAUUCCCUAUUAAGUUGCAACUCAAACUUAUUGCUCGGUCGCCAGAACCACCUUCUCUCGCUCGGCUCGCUGAGGCACACUGCCUUUCUUACUAUGUUUUCGAACAUUAUCCGCCCUUCGUUUAAUAGCCGCAAGCUCCUCCUUCUUGAUCUCUCCUGCCUUCUUGAUGGCCUUGGGCACAUGGCGGUAAUUCUUGAUCCUCCGGAUCUCCGGCAUGUGAGAAUACCUGCGGAUAAGCGCCUGAUCGUAUUCGAGUUUCUGACGCUGUUUGGCACUUUUAAUUCCUGCCCGGGAUGAGGCGUUGGCACGCCAGAUACGGAUAUUUCCAUCGUCAGAUCCGGACAAGACAUAAUUGUUAUCUGGGGUGAACAUGGCUGAGAAGACCCUGUACAUAGAUGAUGAGCAGCGACACGCAGAUGUUAGAAUUAUAAGACACUAGACUCACCUCUGCAUUCGCUGUGUGUGGUAAACGUCUCUAGAUCGACCCUGAUUUCUGUUGAACAAUCGUAACGUGCGGUCGUACGACGCUGUAACCAAUUCCUCACCAGUGGGACUGAACUCGACAUCCAUCACGGCGGCAACAUGGUCUUUGUAGAUGUUGAGCGCACGAUCCAUCUUCCGCAUGUCAAACAUAUACGCAUUAUGAUCUUCAUUAGCAACUGCGAAGUUGAAUGCUUCCAUAGGGUUCCAAGAAAUGGCAUUGGACGCAAGAGUAAGGAUGACUUUGGCCACUGGUGUAGAAGUCCGUAAAUCAUAAACCACGACAGAGCGAUCGUUUGCCGUAGAACCAAGAAUUGAGGUUUCCGUCUGGUUGAAAGCAACGGAAGUGAUAGUGUCGGUACUAGUUGGCCAGUGAAGGGUUUGGGAUGCGGUUGAAGAAGGACGAGACAGAUCGUAGAUAGAUAUGACAGACGACGCAGCAGCAAACGCGGACUCAUCACGAUGAUGUGAAACACUGGUGAACGGUGUUUGGCCGAGGAAAGUUGCUAGUGGUGGCGCCUCUGGCGAGGAGUUAUAAGGAUCGAAAAGCUUGACGGUCUUAUCGCUAGCGCAAGAAAGAAGUUUGCGAUCGGGAGUCCAGCAAAGGCCC